AUGAAAAAUAAACUCUAUGAAGACGAAUCGCAGAUGCAGACAAUUGAUUACAUUUAUGAAGAAUUUCGAAAAGAAUUUGAUUUAAUACUCAACAAAUGCCAAGCCUUUGAUCAUUGCACCUAUAUUAUAGAUUACUACUAUAAUUUUAAAACAGGCCUUAAAGAACAAAUUAACAAACUCGACCCAAAUACAAGGUUAUCCAAAUAACUUCGUUAGUUAGAUGAUACUUCAGAAAAAUCCCUUGAAAUUAUCAAUAUGCUAAAUGAAUACGAAGAAUAUCGAUUUCCCUCUAAAGUAUAGCUGAUCAAGACAUUCAAAUCCUUUGCUCCAAAAGCACCCCAAAAGAAGAAAACAGUGAAAUUAUGCGAAAGUCUUAUGAUUGAGGAGAAUUAAGCAAUUGCUUAAAAUAAUUUGAGAAACAGCUAAUUGUAGGUAAUUUAGGAAGAGAAUCUGAUUGAGGAUGAAGUUAUACCAAAUCAAUUCGAACAAGAAGUUGUUGAGUCUGAAAUUCAUCUGAAAAACAACUUCCACCAAAAUAAAAUGAACAUUAAUCCUGAAUAAGAAGAAAUAAAUCAAUUAGAAAUAAGAAUGGAACAGGCAAAAGGUCUCUAUCAGGAAGCCCUUUUGGAUGAAGCCUUCGAGAUCACCUAAGAUAUUUUCCUUAAAUUAAAUAAUAAACAAGCUCAAUGGUUUAAGGAGAAAGGUUACCAAGAAUUCUAUGAGAAUUUGCAAGAAAAAAAACUCAUACUUACAUAGAACUUGAAUGAAUUAGAAUCAGGAGGAUGGAGAAUAGAAAAACAAACACAAAAUCUUAUCAUUAAAUAUAAACUAUUUGAAGAAGAAUCAACAGUGACUGUUUAUUUAGAUUCUGUAUUUGAAGCCAACAUCACAAAGUUGAUGGCACUCAUCAAUGAAAUUGAUCUAUAUCAUAAUUAUGUUCCUUUUUGCCAAAGAUCCUCUAUGAAUAAAUAAUUGACUAAGACUUGCAAGAUUUGCGAUAUAGUAGUUUACUUCCCGUUCAUUUCAGAUAGAAGGGCAGUAUUUGUUGGCGAGGGCAUUGAUAGGCUUAUGAUCAAUGGAACAAUAGUCUUUGUUUGCAAGUCUAUUGAUCAUAAUAUCGACUAUCAAUAGAAACAUGACAUUCAUUUUGAAACAAAUAAAAAACUUGUUAGUUUGAUAAUCAAUUACUAUAUUUUUGAAUUGACACCUAUAAAUGAUAAUAAAUGCAGAGUUCGUGCUAUUACUAACUCAAAUCCUUAGGUGAAAUACCUUCCUAAUUGGCUUAUUGGGUAUUUGGCCAGGAAAAUGGCACAUGAAUUGUUUGAAAGAAUGGAAAGGAUAACCAAGAAUUUUGAAAAAUCUCCAUGGUUUGAAAAAUAUAAUCAAAACAUCGAAUUUUAUAAGUGGAUUGACUAGAAAGUAUAGAAAUACUUUGAAUUACGUUAAAAAUGA